CGUGCCACGUGGUCUCGGUAAAUGCAAGAAACUGCGCGAUUGUCCUUUCUUUUUCCGCACACUUCACCGCCUUCUUCAUUCGUUUUCAACUCGAUGAAAUACGCACGCAAUCCGCAAUAUAUGCGGACCUGUUGUGGAUGAUUCGCGCGCUGGCGGCUGGGAAUUUGAUAUUUUGGGAUUUCUCAAGGGGAGAAGAAGUGCUUUAAGGGAUUUCGAAAAUGUUGGAGGAUCAGGUGGCGUAUCUGUUGCAGCGGUAUUUGGGGAACUAUGUCCGAGGGCUCAGCAAAGAAGCUCUCAAGAUCAGUGUGUGGCAAGGUGAUGUUGAACUAACAAAUAUGCAAGUGAAACCUGAGGCCCUAAAUGCAUUGAAGUUACCUGUGAAGGUUAAGGCCGGGUUUCUUGGAUCUGUGAAGCUUAAGGUUCCAUGGAGCAGGCUCGGCCAAGAUCCAGUUUUGGUUUUUCUGGAUCGAAUUUUUUUGUUAGCUGAGCCAGCAACUCAUGUUGAGGGAUCUAGUGAGGAUGCAAUUCAAGAGCUUAAGAAGAACCGUGUACAGGAAAUGGAGCUGAAGUUGCUGGAGACUCAACAGCAGCUGAAUUCAGAACUGAACAAGUCUUGGUUGGGAUCUUUGAUCAAUACAGUGAUUGGGAAUUUAAAGCUUUCUAUUUCAAACAUUCACAUCAGAUACGAGGAUACUGAGAGUAAUCCAGGCCAUCCAUUUGCUGCUGGCGUGACCUUAGAUAGACUCUCAGCAUUCACUGUUGACGAUAAGGGGGAGGAGACUUUUAUUGCGGGAGGCGCAUUGGAGAAAAUCCAGAAGUCAGUGGAACUUGAUCGAAUGGCCAUUUAUUUGGACUCUGAUAUCCGUCCAUGGCAUGUUGAAAAACCUUGGAAAGAUUUAUCACCAUCUGAAUGGGAACAAAUUUUCAAAUUUGGUACAGAAAAUGGGAAGCCUGCUGUGCGUGAAAAAAAGAAGCACUCAUAUAUUUUGCAACCUGUGAGUGGGAAUGCCAACUAUUCGAAAGAUCGUUCAGAUGCAUCAUCAAGGAAAGGGCAACCACUACAGAGGGCUUCUGUAAAUCUUGACGAUGUUACUCUAUGCUUGUCAAAGAACGGUUAUCGGGAUUUACUUAAAUUAGCUGAUAAUUUUACAGCCUUCAACAUGAGACUCCGAUAUGCUCAUUAUCGUCCACAUGUUUCUGUAAAGACUGAUCCAAGAGCAUGGUGGAAGUAUGCAUGCAGGGCAGUUUCAGACCAAAUGAAGAAGGCCAGUGGAAAGUUGUCAUGGGAGCAAGUGCUGCGAUAUGCAAGGUUACGCAAGAAUUACAUCUCAUUGUAUGCUACACUGCUCAAAUCAGAUCUGGACCAGGCUGUAGUGAGUGAUAAUGAAGAUAUAGAGAAGCUUGAUCGAGAACUCGACAUUGAAGUUAUUCUGCAGUGGAGGAUGUUAGCACAUAAGUUUGUGGAGCAAUCAAUGGGGUCAGAACUGUACUUAAGAAAGCAAAAAACUAAGAAAUCAUGGUGGUCAUUUGGAUGGGGUAGUGAGCCUGCCAAAGAUGAAAAUGAACCAGGGACAUUGACUGUUGAAGAUUGGGAAAGGUUAAAUGAAAUUAUUGGAUACAAAGAAGGAGAUAACGAACAACUAUCGGUUCAUGAGAAGGGUGACAUGCCAUAUAUGUUAUUGAAACUUCACAUGAGACAUAAUGCAUCAAAGCUAGUUGAUUCUCAGGGAUUUCUUGCUGACUUAUCCUGUGAUAAUCUUGAGUGUUCCGUGAAACUUUAUUCAGAGUCCAAAGUUAUUAAGUUGAAGCUGGGCUCAUACAGAUUACUGUCUCCGAAUGGUCUUCUUGCUGAGAGUGAGAGUGCUUCCGAUUCACUUGUUGGUAUCUUCUGCUAUAAACCUCUUGAUGUGGAUGUAGAUUGGAGCGUGGUUGCUAAAGCUUCGCCCUGUUAUGUGACUUAUUUGAAGGAUUCUAUCAACCAAAUAAUCAAUUUCUUUCAAAGUAGUGCCACUGUAAGUCAGACUCUUGUUCAGGAAACUGCUUCUGCUGUUCAGAUGAGAAUUGAUGAAGUCAAGCGUUCAGCAGCCAAGCAAGUGAACAAGGCAUUGAGAGAUCGUACAAGAUUUGUUUUGGAUUUGGAUAUUGCUGCACCAAAAAUUACCAUUCCUUCUGACUUUUGCCCUGAUACAGUCCACCCUACUAAGCUUCUAAUUGAUUUGGGAAAACUAGUGAUUCAGUCUCAGGAUGAUGCUGAAUAUAAUUCACCUGAAGAAAUGAACAUGUACUCCCAAUUUGAUCUUGUGUUGAGAGAUGUAUCAGCUUUCCUGGUUGAUGGUGACUAUAGCUGGAACCAAGCGUCUUUGAAGAGAUCAGAUUUAUCCAAGCAAAGCUUUAUUACGUUUUUACCUGUUGUUGACAAGUGUGGAGUAUUUCUAAAGCUUCAACAGGUUAGAUCACCAGUUGCUUCCCUGCCCUCAACAAGACUUUCUAUGCGGUUUCCCUCUAUAGGUUUUCAUUUUUCUCCAUCACGUUAUCACCGUCUUAUGCAAAUCGCUAAGAGUUUCCAAGGGGAGGAUGCACAGCAUUCUGAUUUUGUAUGCCCCUGGGAUGAAGCUGACUUUUCAGACUGGCUGUAUCAACUUACUCGCAAGGGUGUCGGCGGUAGAGAAGCUGUGUGGCAACGAAGAUAUUUUUGUAUUGUUGGCUCUUUUCUUUAUGUGCUAGAAGGCCCUGAGUCAAGAAGUUAUAAGCAAUACAUCAGUCUACGAGGUAAACAGCUAUAUCAAAUUCCUGCCAAUUUGCUUGGGAAUGUGGAACAUACAUUGGCUGUUUGUGAUGCUGAUCGCUCCUAUGUCAAGGUUCUUGAAGAUGCAAAUGCUCUCAUUUUGCGAUGUGACUCAGAAAAUUCUAGGAAAACUUGGCAAAGUUACCUUCAGGGAGCGAUUUAUCGAGCAUCGGCAACUUCCUCUGUGGCUAGUCUAAUCCCAGCCUCAUCUGAUUCAGAAGAUUCACAAACUGAGAAUCUUGAUUCACUUGAUCCAUCACAGAAAGAGACAUUAUUUUUGACAGGCAUACUAGAUGAGUUGAAGAUAAGUUUCAGUUACAGCAGCUCACCUGAUCAAAGCUUCGUAGAGCUGCUUCUUGCUGAGGAAAAGUGUUUGCUUGAAUUUCGUGCUAUUGGUGGACAGGUUGAAUUGUCUAUAAGAGAGAACGAUAUUUUCAUUGGAACAGUCCUUAAAGCUUUGGAGAUAGAAGAUUUAGUUUGCCUCAAGGGGUCAUCUCAGAUUACUUUUCUGGCAAGAUCAUUUAUCAAGAAUGCCGAUGGUUCCCUAUUAGAGAAUAAUGACAAUAGAACAAAUGUCAACAAUGAUUUAAGCCCACGUGAAGGGGAAGAUGAAUUUUAUGAGGCAUCAGAGAAUCUUAAUGAUGUCGUUGGUAGCCCCUUGUCACAUGAAUUGGAGUAUAUGGGUUCUUCUCGAAUCAUCACACAAGAAGAUAGCAGAGACUUAAAGGCCCUGAAAUUUGUACGCAUCCCUGGUUUGCUACCGAUUGAUGUCACUCAUCUGGAAGCUGGUCAGAUGGGAUUCACUAAUGCGUUAGACAGUUUUGUCAAAGCUCAGAUCGUUAUUCUUGACCAGAGUUCAACACUUUAUUCUGGGGUUGACAAACAGGUGUCAGUUACGCUCUCUACUUUGACCUUCUACUGUCGUAGGCCUACUAUUCUGGCCAUUAUGGAUUUUGCGAAUGCCAUAAACACUCAGGAGGAUAGCUGUGAAACUUAUAGUGAUUCCUCUUCAACAGCAGUUGGAGGACAUGGUGUCUCCAAAGAAACUGUAAAUGAUGGCCAGUUUUCUGUUCAAAUGGAAGAGCCUGUAGUAAAAUCUUUGCUUGGAAAGGGAAAAUCCAGAACAAUUUUCUACUUACUACUGAAUAUGACUCGUGCUGAGAUAUUUUUGAUGAAGGAAAAUGACUCUAAGCUUGCUACUUUGGCUCAGGACAGUUUUCGUACUGAUAUUAAGGUGUUUCCUUCGUCUUUCAGCAUAACAGCGUCACUUGGAAAUCUCCGAAUAAGCGAUGACAGUCUUCAUAGCAAUCACAUGUAUUUCUGGGCAUGUGACAUGAGGAAUCCUGGUGGUAGUUCAUUUGUGGAGUUAGUGUUUUGUUCAUUUAAUGCCGAUGAUGAAGACUAUGAGGGUUUUGAUUAUAGCCUCAUUGGCCAGCUGUCUGAAGUGCGAGUUGUCUAUUUGAAUCGCUUCCUCCAAGAGGUUAUCAGUUACUUCAUGGGACUUGUUCCCUACAGUCCUAAGGAUGUUGUCCAAAUAAAAGAUCAAGUGACAAACUCAGAGAAGUGGCUUACAAGAAGUGAAAUUGAAGGAUCACCUGCACUGAAGUUGGAUCUUUCACUUAACAAGCCAAUCAUAUUGAUGCCUCAGAGAACAAAUAGCAUUGAUUAUUUGAAGCUUGAUGUAGUUCAAAUCACUGUUCAGAACACUUUUAGAUGGUUUGGUGGAAGUAAAAGUGAAAUCAAGGCUGUACAUUUGGAAACAUUAAAAAUUCUUGUUGAAAAUAUAAACUUAAAUGUUGGCUCAGGAUCAGAGUUGGGUGAAAGCAUAGUUCAAGAUGUUAGGGGUAUAUCGUUUGUCAUUAAGCGGUCACUUCGUGAUGUGCUGCAUCAAAUUCCAAGUGUUGAAGUUUCGGUUAUGAUUGAAGAACUGAAAGCAGCAUUAUCCAACAAAGAGUAUGAAGUAAUUAUGGAAUGUGCUCAAACUAAUGUUUCAGAGAAAGCAGAUUUAGUACCUCCGCUGAAUGAUGAACCCUUACCUGGUUCAAUUGGUAUGAUGGAUCAUGCUGGCACAGAAAGUCUAGAUCCUGCAAGAUCUGAAACUCAGACGAGAGAAACGUGGAUUGCAACUAAGAUUUCUGUCCGCAUAGAUAUGGUUGAACUGGGUCUUUAUUAUGGUACUACAAGGGAUGCAGCUCUUGCCACUCUACAGGUGAGUGGAGUGUGGCUCUUGUACAAGUCUAACACAAUUGGGGAAGGUUUUCUAUCAGCUACAUUGAAGGAUUUGAUUGUUGUUGAUGAACGUGAUGGUAUAGAGAAGGAGCUUAGGUUGGCCAUAGGAAAGCCUGAUAUUGAUGGGCAUGGAUACAGUCCUUCACUAUCUGUGCUUGGAACAAGGGAUCAACGUGUUGCUGAGAGCAAUUCCUCAGUGGGCAGUACAAGAAAGUACACUCCAGCAAUUCUAGUUUUGGACGCCAGAUUUUAUGAGAAGUUAACAUCUGUUUCUUUGUGCAUCCAGAGGCCACAAUUGCUUGUUGCACUUGACUUUUUACUUGCAAUUGUUGAGUUUAUUGUCCCAACGAUUCACAGUGAGCCUUCAUAUGAUGAAAUUACUGACUCUACACAUUUGCUUGAUGCCCUUGUACUUGACCAGCCAGUCUUCUGCCAACCUUCUACUGAGUUCUCAUUGUCACCUCAGAAACCAUUGGUUGCUGAUGAUGAGAGAUUUGACCAUUUUAUAUAUGAUGGGAGAGGUGGUACUUUAUAUCUGAAAGACAGGCAGGGAUUGAUUCUCUCGGGUCCAAGUAUGGAAGCUUUGAUAUAUGUUGGAAAUGGAAAGAAACUGCAAUUUAGGAAUGUUAUCAUUCGGAGUGGGUUGUGGCUAGAUUCAUGCAUUUUCUUGGGAGCCAAGAGUAGCUAUUCAGCUAAUGAAAAUGAUAAUGUCAUUAUGGAGGAUGAAAGUGAAAGACCUUCUGAUCAAAUUACAGAUAGAAGCCCCGGUAGCCGAACAUCACAAAAUGCUGUUCCUGGCAGAUCAGCUGAAUUAAUAUUUGAACUGCAGGCAAUUGGUCCUGAGCUCACCUUCUACAAUAAAUCAAGAAAUUCAGGAGAACUUAAUAUCUCCAACAAAGUCUUGCACGCACAGAUGGAUGCAUUCUGCAGGCUUGUGUUGAAUGGAGACUCUGUUAAAAUGAAUGCAGAGGUUCUUGAUUUAACCAUGGAGAGCAAUGGAAUCAAAAUUUUGGAACCUUUUGAUGCAUCUGUAGCUUUCUCAAGUGCUUCUGGAAAGACAAGCAUGCAAUUAGUUGUCUCAGAUAUAUUCAUGAAUUUUUCAUUCAGUAUCUUGAGGCUAUUUUUGGCUGUGGAAGAGGAUAUUUUGUCAUUUUUAAGAACGACAUCAAAGAAAUCAACAGUUCUAUGCUCCGAAUUUGACAGAGUCGGAACCAUCAAAUAUUCCAUCAGUGGUCAAACAUACACAUUUUGGAGAGCUCGUCCACCCACUGGUUUUGGGGUACUUGCAGACUACCUGACACCAAUUGAUAAGCCACCGACAAAAGGUGUAAUUGCUGUUAAUACAAACAUAAUACCUGUCAGAAGGCCAAAAUCUUUCACUUUGGUGUGGCCUCCCUCAUCUUCAGAUAAACUCAUUUCUGAAGAUGUAGAUAGUGAUGUCUUGAAUCCAGAUACAACAUGCUCAAUUUGGUUCCCUGAAGCCCCUAAAGGCUAUGUGGCAUUGGGUUGUGUGGUUUCUUCUGGAAGGUCACCGCCUCCAAUUUCUUCAGUUUUCUGUAUCUUGGCAUCCUUAGUUACUCCUUGUGGCUUCAGAGAUUGUAUCAAUGUUGGUUCGGGUUCCAGAUUUCCUGAUUUGGCAUUCUGGCGGGUGGAUAAUGCUGCUGGGUCAUUCUUGCCUUCUGAUCCUGCCUCCUUGAGUUGCAGCCACAGAGCAUAUGAACUGCGGCAUUUGUAUUUUGGAUUUUCUGAAAGUUCCCCAGAGAAUUUCCAGGAAUCCGGAAACCGGCCCGCUGUCUCUUUAGACGAUGAUAGUACUAUACAAUCAGAGAGAACAUCGGCCGUAAAUUCUAUGCGAAGGUUUGAAGCAGUUGCUACCUUCCGGUUAGUCUGGUGGAAUCAAGGUUCUGGAUCUAGAAAGAAGUUAUCUAUUUGGCGCCCUGUGAUCCCUGAAUCAAUAGUGUAUUUUGGUGAUAUUGCAGUUCAAGGGUAUGAACCUCCAAAUUCCUGCAUUGUUCUUCAAGACACAGAAGAAUAUGAUUUGUACAAGGCACCUACAGAUUUUCAUCUUGUUGGUCAGAUUAAAAAACAAAGGAAAAUUGAUGCAAUAUCAUUUUGGAUGCCUCAAGCACCACCAGGUUUUGUUGCAUUAGGAUGCAUUGCUAGCAAAGGCACUCCUAAGCAAUCUGAUUUCAGCUCCUUAAGGUGCAUUCGCAACGAUAUGGUCUCGGCUGAUCAAUUUUUGGAUGAAAGUAUAUGGGAUACAUCCAACUCCAUUUUUACAAGAGAUCUAUUUAGUAUAUGGAGAGUUGGCAAUGAAUUAGGAACCUUCAUUGUGUGGAAUGGCUUGAAAAAACCUCCUAGAAGGUUUGCUGUGAAGCUCAUUGAUCCAGACAUUCCAAGUGGUUCAGAUGAUACUGUUGUUGAUGCAAAAAUUCAAACCUUCUCCGCAGCACUUUUUGAUGACUAUGGUGGCGUGAUGGUGCCAUUGUGCAAUUUGUCUUUGGGCAGCAUAGGGUUCAAUUAUCAUGGAAGACCUGAUUGUUUGAAGUUCAGUGUUGUCUUCUCUUUAAUUGCAAGGUGUUACAAUGAUAAAUAUGAUGCAUGGGAACCUCUUAUUGAGCCAGUUGAAGGAACAUUGAGGUACCAAUAUAACCCUAAUGACCCCGGUACGGCUUCUCAGAUUCGAAUUACUUCUACUAAAGACCUGAAUAUGAAUGUGUCUGUCUCCAAUGCCAAUAUGAUUCUACAAGCCUAUGCAAGCUGGAACAAUCUUAGCCAUGUCCAAGAAUCACACAGUGAAGCAAAUUCUCCAACUAGUGAUGUUGGAUCAAUGAUAGAUGUUCAUCAAAAAAGAAAUUACUAUAUUGUUCCUGAGAAUAAACUUGGGAUGGACAUUUUUGUAAGGACUUCUGAAGUCAAGGGUCUUCCUGAUAUAAUUAAAAUGCCAGCAGGUGACAGAAAAAUGCUCAAAAUGCCGGUUUCAAAAAAUAUAUUAGAUUCCCACUUGGAAGGAAGUGUUCAUAAGAAACUUCGGAAGCUGAUAACUGUUAUUGUAGCUGAAGCAGAGCUCAUGAAGCUUGAGAGUUUAACGUCUCAUCAGUAUGAUGUUUCUGUCUGUCUUUAUCAAGAGAGUCACCCUACUCAAUCAUCACUAAACCAGCAAUGUGCACGAACUUAUGGUGCUGGGUCAGAUGGCUCUGAAUCUUUGGACAUUGAAUUUGUGAAGUGGGAUGAAGUAUUUUUCUUCAAAGUUGAUUCUGUGGAUGGCUGCAUACUGAAAUUUACUGUUAGUGAGACUGGGAAAGGUGAACCUGUUGGCUACUGUUCUCUGUCUCUGAUGCAGCUGGCUCAAUCUCAAGACAAUUUGCAUCCAGUUAACUACCAAAAAAAUUUUAUUUGGCUAGAGUUGUCAUCUGAUGAAUCUGAGCUGGGUAACAGAUCAAGGAUAUUUGGUCGUAUAAGGUGUGCAGUGAUUUUGCCACCUAGAUCUGAAACUGAGAAUCUGAACAAAUGCAAAAAAUCUGGUCUGAUUCAGAUUAGCCCAACCCUGGAUGGCCCAUGGACCACAUUGAGGUUAAACUAUGGCGCACCUGCUGCAUCUUGGCAAUUAGGCAAUGAUAUUGUUGCAAGCGAAGUGAGUGUAAUUGGUGGUAAUAGAUAUGUGAACCUCCGUUCUCUUGUAUCAGUUUGCAACAGUACUGAGUUCACUCUAGAUUUAUGCCUCAAGCUUAUAUAUACAAACGGGAAUUCGGUACCAGAAACUGGUGUCAUGAAUGAAACUCCAUACAAAGGAAGUGAAUUUGAAACAGAUGAACUCUUUGAAUCGCAGAAAUACGACACUACUCAUGGUUGGGUAUCAUGUACCAACUUUGAGGAGGAAGUAUCUACUGUUCACUUGCCAUCCAAUUGGGAAUGGGUUGAUGAAUGGCAUGUGGAUAAUUCCACUGUCAACACAGUUGAUGGAUGGGUUUAUGCUCCAGAUAUUGAACAUUUGAAGUGGCCAGAAUCAUAUGAUUCAUUGAAAUCUGUAAAUUAUGCAAGACAAAGGAAGUGGAUUAGGAGCAGGAAGCAUGUGGCAAAGGAGUCUGAAGCACAGAUAAUUGUUGGACCCCUAAGACCUGGUGAAACUUGUUCGCUUCCCCUACCAUGUCUAUCACAGAUAUCCUUGUAUGCAUUGCUUUUAAAACCCUCAAAGACAGAAGCUACAAGCCAGUAUUCAUGGAGUUCAGUGAUGGAUAUGCCUGGUCAGUUGCAAGACAUGGAGAGGUCAAAAAUUAAUUCAGAAAUAUGUGUUUCAAAUCUUACAGAGGGUGACAAACUGUUACAUUGUGCUGAUGUGAGUGAGAGCUCUUCACACAGCUUACAUGGUCUUUGGUUUUGCUUGAAUAUCCAAGCCACUGAAAUUGCGAAAGACAUUCAUUUUAAUCCAAUUCGGGAUUGGACAAUCGUAGUCAAAUCACCUGUAUCAGUUACCAAUUAUCUCCCUUUUAUGGCUGAAAUUACAAUUCUUGAGAUGCAAGCCAGUGGCCAUUUCCUUUCCUGCUAUAGAGGGGUCUGUGGUCCCAGUGAGAGUGUCAAGGUGUACAAUGCUGAUAUACGAAACCCUCUGUAUAUCUCUAUGCUUCCACAAAAAGGAUGGUUGCCAAUACAUGAGGCUGCUCUCCUGUCUCACCCUGGCAAAUCACCAUCAAAGACAAUAUGUUUAAGAAGUUCAGUAUCUGGAAGGAUUGUUCAGAUUGUUCUUGAGCAAAACAGUACUGAUGAAAGGCCUCUGCAACCGAAAGUCAUUAAAGUGUAUUCGCCAUACUGGGUUGGAAUUGCAAGAUGCCCACCACUUAGUUUCAGGCUUGUUGAUAUGAGUUCUAGAAAAUCAAAGACAAAUCCACUCUCUUUUCAUGCUAAAAAGAUGCAAAAUAUUAUCCUCGAGGAGAUAACUAUAGAGGAGAUGCAUGAGGGCUAUACAAUUGCUUCUGCAUUGAAUUUCAAAUCAUUGGGUCUCUCUGCAUCUAUGGACCAAUCUGAAGGAGAGCAUUUUGGGCCUCUUACAGAUCUUUCUCCACUUGGGAAUAUGGAUGGCUCCCUGGAUUUAUCGGCUUAUAAUGCUGAUGGCAACUGUAUGCAACUUUUUGUGUCUACAAAACCUUGCCCCUACCAAUCUAUUCCAACAAAGGUAAUAUCUGUCAGACCGUAUAUGACUUUUACAAACAGAGUUGGUGAGAAUUUGUUCUUGAAGUUCAGCAGUAAUGAUGAGCCAAAGAUACUGAGGGCUUCAGAUGCAAGAGUUCCCUUUGUACAUCUUAAGACCGAUGGACCUCAGGAAAUCCAGGUACAAAUGCAUGAUACAAAAUGGUCAUUUCCUAUUCAAGUAGUGAAGGAGGACAGCAUUACUCUCACCUUAAAAAAACAUGAUGGUGCAUGGAGGUUCUUACGAAUGGAAGUCCGAGGUUAUGAGGAAGGAUCUCGUUUCAUAGUUGUUUUUCGUCUUGGAUCAGUGAGUGGUCCUAUUAGGAUUGAGAACAGAUCAAGUUUUAGAGUGAGAAUUCGGCAAACUGGAUUUGAUGAUGAUUCGUGGAUUCAAUUACAGCCACUUUCAUCAGAGAACUUUUCUUGGGAGAAUCCAUAUGGCCAAAAAACCAUUGAUACUGAGAUCUAUGGCAGCCAUAAUGAUGGGAUCUUCAAAAUUGAUCUUGAUAGAGCUGGAUUCUCUGAUGUUGAUGACAGCUCUGGGCUCUUUUCCUAUGUUGACAAUAUAGGUGAUAUCAAGGUUGUUAGGCUUAUGAACAUAAAUACUCAAACCUUAAGAUCAAGGGAAAGUACUUCGCAGUUGUGUAGAAACUUGGGAAAUCCUCAUAUCCUAGCUAAGAUGCCCGAACAAGGAUCUCCGUUGGAAGUUAUGCUAGAGUUGGGUGUUCUUGGUGUUUCUCUUGUUGACCAUAGACCAAGAGAGCUUGCAUACUUCUACAUGGAGAGAUUCUUCUUAUCCUAUUCAACUGGCUAUGAUGGUGGAACGACAACGAGGUUCAAAGUGAUACUUGGAUACAUUCAACUGGAUAAUCAGCUUCCUCUGACAGUAAUGCCCAUACUUUUGGUACCAGAACAGACUCCGGAUGUGCAACAUCCAGUCUUCAAAAUGACUAUAACAUCACGCAAUGAAAUUGUUGAUGGUGUCCAGAUCUACCCCUAUGUUUACAUAAGGGUAAUUGAUAAAAUUUGGAGACUCAACAUCCAUGAGCCAAUCAUCUGGGCUUUCAUAGAUUUUUUCAACAAACUCCAACUAGAUCGUGUUCCACAAAAUACUACUGUUACACAAGUUGAUCCUGAAAUGCGUAUAGACUUGAUUGAUAUUUCUGAGGUAAGACUUAAGGUUGCAUUGGAGACUGCACCAGGUCAAAGACCACAUGGACAUCUAGGUGUAUGGGGCCCUGUUUUGUCAGCUGUUGGGAAUGCCUUUAAGAUUCAGGUUCAUCUUCGGAAAGUGACACACAGAGACAGAUUUUUAAGAAAGAGUUCCAUAAUGUCAGCAAUUGGAAAUCGCAUAUGGAGAGAUCUGAUCCAUAAUCCACUACAUUUAUUAUUUUCUGUAGAUGUACUUGGCAUGACAAGUUCCACUUUGGCAUCACUCAGUAAAGGCUUUGCCGAGCUCUCAACUGAUGGACAAUUUUUACAGCUUCGCUCCAAGCAGGUGUGGUCUCGAAGGAUUACUGGUGUUGGUGAUGGAAUUGUGCAAGGAACUGAAGCUCUUGCUCAAGGCUUUGCUUUUGGAGUGUCAGGGGUUGUGAGGAAACCGGUACAGAGUGCUAGACAAAAUGGUAUUCUUGGCUUUGCUCAUGGAUUGGGACAGGCUUUCUUGGGUUUUUUUGUACAGCCAAUGAGUGGAGCAUUAGAUUUUUUCUCCUUGACUGUUGAUGGAAUUGGUGCAAGUUGUUCCCGGUGCUUGGAGAUUUUGAGUAACAAGAAAAACUUCCAGCGAGUACGAAAUCCACGGGCAUUUCACGCAGAUAAUAUUUUGAGAGAAUAUUCUGAAAGAGAAGCAAUUGGGCAGAUGAUACUUUUCCUUGCAGAAGCAAGUAGGAAUUUUGGAUGUACUGAAAUAUUCAAAGAGCCAUCAAAAUUUGCUUGGUCUGAUUGCUAUGAAGAGCAUUUUGUUGUUCCAUAUCAACGGAUUGUAUUGGUUACUAAUAGGCGAGUAAUGCUGCUGCAGUGUUCGGCCCCUGAUAAGAUGGAUAGAAAGCCGUGCAAGAUAUUGUGGGAUGUGCCAUGGGAUGAAGUAAUGGCACUAGAAUUGGCCAAAGCUGGAUAUCUCAUCCCUUCACAUUUAAUAAUCCAUUUGAAGAGCUUUGUGAGAGGGGAAAGCUUCGUACGAGUUAUUAAGUGCAAGACAGAACAAUUGCCAAAUGAAAGUGAACCACAAGCUGUUAGAGUUUGCUCGGUGGUGCGGAAAAUGUGGAAGGCACAGCAGAACUUCGCAAAACAGGCAUCUUCGAGCCAAAGUUGUGUAUACAUUUCUCGUAAUGAAGUUGACUUAGCAGAAUCACGCAAACGGCAUAGACCCAUUAUCACAUCAGGAAAAUAUUCUUCUUCAAGCUCCACAUCCGGUGAGCAAAAAUUCAUUGAACACAGCAUCAAUUUUACAAGAAUAUGGAACAGUGAACGAGAAUCUAAAGGUCGUUGCACGUUGUGCCAAAAACAGAGUUCGGGCAAUGAUGAAACUUGUAGCAUCUGGCGGCCUGUUUGUCCUGACGGGUACGUCUCAAUCGGAGAUAUAGCUCGCCCUGGCAACCAUCCUCCUAAUGUUGCUGCAAUUUAUCGUGUAUCCAAUAAAUUGUUUGAGUUCCCUGUGGGAUACGACCUGGUUUGGAGGAAUUGUUUGGAUGAUUACAAAAACCCCGUGUCGAUUUGGCAUCCACGCGCUCCUGAAGGCUAUGUAUCCCUUGGAUGCGUGGCUGUUUCAAGAUUUGAAGAGCCGGAGCUCGAUGAAGUGUACUGCGUAGCCGAAUCUCUUUGCGAGGAAACAGCAUUUGAAGAGCAAAAGAUAUGGUCAGCAUCAGAUGCUUAUCCAUGGGCUUGCCAUAUAUACCAAAUGUGUAGCGACGCCCUUCACUUUGUCGCUUUGAGACAACCUCAAGAAGAAUCCGACUGGAAACCUAAAAGGGUCCUCGACUCUGCCCAGCUUUCAAUGCAUUCAUCGGAUGCUCGGUGACUUUUGCAUCCUUUUAGGAGGUCGACAUCAUUCGAAGCCAGCAACACUUGAUGGAUAGCAAGGGAACAGGGAACCAUCAGCAGUAGAUAAGUCGUUAAGCUCUUUCCAUCAUCGAUAAGCUUUUGGAUACCUUUUUACUCCAAAAAAAUCUAAACUCUGUGAAGGUGUUUUGUAAAUGGAAUAACAAAGAGUGCUUGGCAAAAUUCCCUUCAAAGGUCUUAGUAAAAUUGCACUCUUCAACUGAGCUAAGUAUAAAAUCAAAUUGUGCCUCCAUAAUACGGUUUCUAGGCAGGGGUGGAAAUAACAUACCAAAACACCAUGCAUCGCAUACCAAAAGAUUUGGAAAAUUUUGGUAUAGUAUGAUAUUGUAUCGAAUUUUUUUGGUACGAUAACAGUAUCGGUUCGUUCAGUAUACAUAUCGAAACAUGUGACGAUAGGAGACUUUAACAAAAACCAAGAUGCUG